AUGGCGGAGAAGUACCCGCUUCGUAUUGAUUGGGGGAUCUUGGCCAAGCCGAGAUGGGUUGACUUGGCCUGCUCAUCUGUAAAGCACGGAGGCAAGAGGAUUAAUGGUAAUCUUACCUUCAACGGGGAACUCUCCUACCUCACCACCGAGCUUCCCUCCGGAGAGCCUGCCACGCUCUUCUGGACGGAUCGAGCCAAUACGCUACUCGGCGCCGUAUGCGGUAAACCGGUCGAGAUCGAAGUUCUCCCAGCCUGUUUGAUCUGCGGCAAUGAGGAACACGGGGACGAGGAGUGCCUCUACCUCCCCCUCCUUAAGGGUUGUCCUGUACAUACUGAAACCCCUGAAAACGAUAUCAUGGAGGUCAGUCCGCCCCGACCAGACCGCAAGCCAAAACCGCAAAAGAAAACCGUCAGUUUUCAAACUCACCCAAAUGCCGGGUCCAAUCGCGGCCGAGGCACAAACCAUCCCGGCGGGUCCAACCGUGGUAGAGGCUCACACCGUGUGACUGCAUCCCGAGGAAAACCCGCCCCACCCGGCGGCAAGAAAGCGGCGGGCGUCUGA